AUUACCCGGCCAGCAAACAAAGUUUUCCUUCCAAUGAAGGCCUUUUGAUUAACUUUUUUGUUUCUUUUCCUUUGUUUGCUGGGUCCUUGAGGAUGUACUAUAUGCACACAAUGUUUUCCUGCAGCAGCCCUUGGGAAUGUUAGCUUUUGUGGAAGAACUGGUCUGACAUGUUAGGCCAAAACAUAUUGUGCAUCAUUUCUCUAUUUGCUUGUCCUUUACGCUAGUAUUAAUGUCCAAGUUUGUAUGAAUUCUUAUUGGCACAAUUCAUUUUACAUAUUCGUAUUACAAAAUUGCAUACGCUAUGUAAUCAGGGUAUAGAUUUACAUGUUGUUUGUUUGUUAUUAGCAGCCAACCCUUUGCAGAUUUAAUAUAUCUCACCUUGGAAAGUGCACUUCUGUGAAAUCAGGCGGCCCAACGAAGAUGGAAAUGGUCAAUAUCAGAACUAUGCUUUCUCCUGCACGAAUGCUUGAGCAGUUGUAUGGGAGCCUUACUGCUAUGUUACCACGCCUUUCUGGCUCGGCUGAUAUAAUACCCAAGGACAGUCUGCUUUGGAAGUUGAAGUUGCUCAAAUCAGCUGCUGAUUAUGCCAAUUCCCGUCUACAUGCCGUUACGGCUGAAGUACUUGUGCUUGCUAGUGGCAAGGAUAACGUGCUUCCCAGUAGAGAUGAAGCUCGAAGGCUUUCAAGUGUAUUACAGAACUGCAAAAUUCGUUACUUCAAGGACAAUGGGCAUUCCAUUUUAUUGGUAGUGGCUAGUAUGGAAAAGGCUAGUGAACUUCUCGCUGUUGAGAACAUUCUAUAA